UCGGGGCUUCCGCGUUACUAGCCCUUUAGCUUCACCUGUGCCCAUGUCGCCAGGCACCGUAAAGGCUGCGCAUACUCCUGCGGCACACCUUACAUAUAAAAUGUUAGUCCAUUUAGGUCCCGCGAUCUUUCAGAUUUGGGACAUGUAAAGCGAACUUCCUAAAACGAAGGAGGAAGCUGUAGACAAGAUGUCAACAACGCGGCCCCUCCUCGGGUUGAGACGAGGCACCGAGCUAACGUACGACGAGCAGCCCAGCGGCAAGCUCCCUGUGGCCCCUGGGAGACCCAUGCAAGACGGCAACACGGUGGACGAGUUUACGGUUCUGGAGGACAAAGAGGAAGAGCUGAAAUGUGCGAAGCCGAGGGUGGAACAGGUUUUUAAGGUGGCCUUUACUAUUAUUGGUUUGUUGGACCACACGGGAAGCAAAACAUCGCGGCAGAUUUGGCUCCAGCUCCUCGGGAAUAGAGACAGUGUGUCGAAAGCUAAGGAGUACAUCCGAGGCCUGUGUGAUCCAGAGCUUGUAAAAGAAGAGUGUUACCCUGUGGACAUGCAUUGUAUCUUCGCGGGUGCUCGCGGCCUCUUCCUCGACAGGCUCAUACGAGACACAAGUGCAGAGGUUCAGGUACCUGAGCCCGGGAGACUGCGGCUCUUGGGACAGGCAGAACCUGUGGUGAUGGCCCAAAGUAGGGUUCAGCAGUUUGUAGCAUUGUUUCAGGACAAAACAAGUUUACCUAGUGACAGAGAACCAGCAUUGAAGCGAGCUUUCAAGUCCUUUGUGGAGGAGAGGGAUGACAAGUACACUAUGGAGCUUCUGCUUCUGCCCAGCGCCCUGAAGGAGGAGCUACUGGGCUUGGCACACAGCCCCACUGGUUCUAGUGCAUCUCCAAUGGCACUUAAUCAGAGUAUAGCAGAGGUGGAACAAGAUCGAUCUCAGAGUAGCACUCCUGUGACUGAGCUCUCCCACCGUAUCCUGGAUGCUAGUUUUGAUGAAAAGGGGACGAAUGGCCCCUCUGCAGCUCCCAAAGCAGGAGGUGGAAUAGGACUGGGACCUGAGGUGCUUCUGCUCAAUGGUACACGACCCAGCCACAAGAGGCGCUCAUCAGCAAGUGAGACCAGAGACACAAAGAGACAAUAUUCCCUGGAGCGUAGAGAGGACUCACCAGAAAGGGCUCGCGAGCGGGAAAGACGGGAUAGAGAAGGCAGAGGGGGCAGCGCCAGCUGUCGAUCCAAAACCCCCUGUUCAACCUCAACCUUCUGCUCCAAGGCCAACACUGUCGGCCCCAUCAUGAUGACCGCUAGUGAGGGCAACCUGGAUGAUGGAGAGGCAGUCAGCCCAGAAACCAAUCUCCGCUGCUUAGUCAAUUUUUUUAGAACAAUGGGAUACCAGCAAGAAGUAGUGGAGCGUGUUGUGAGACAAGAAGCGGGUCAAACAGAAGAUACAUUUGUGUUGCUGGAGAAGAUUGAUGAAGAAACCAAACGAUUGAAAGGAGUGACAAACUCCUCACGCUCUCCAGACGCCCCAUCAUCUUCCUCAUGUUCAUCCACUAACAUGUCUCAGUGCAGAGGAAAGGACUGGGACUACAACAGGGCAUUGGUGGAUUCAGGAAAAGCAAAAGAAAACAUUCGACCGAACCAGCAAGCAGGAAGUAGUAAUGGCCUCGGCCACCGAAGACAGUGCAGCCACAGCGAGACCAGCACCCAGCAGAUUGUUGCAAUCAAGAGGAGCUCGAGUGCUCAAGGAGGAGCAGGAAACUAUGAAGUCAUCACAAUCGAUGACGAUGACGAUGAUGAAGGUGAAGACGAAGUCAUCCCCAAAGAAACCAAAGCGGGUGAUAACAGGACAUGUCCCAUGUUGGCUGUGAGCCAUCAGGACCCCAGAACAGAGUACUUGGCCCGUGGUGGAAGUGGGGUGACUCAGAAGGACUAUUUAUCCAGGGGUGGAACUAAGACUUUGGGGGGAUCAGUUAAACUGGAGACAGUGACAGCACUGCGGAGUACACCUCAGUGGCUAACAGCCACCAGCUCCAUGUCUUCAAUUCCCAGUUCGGCUCAGGCCAUUAACCGACCUCCAGCAUCAUCUUGUCAAACGAUUGGCCAUGGUGGUUUCAAUGGUGCACGAAUGCCUCCAGCCAGUGAGCCCCCAGUGCCCCCGGUCACUGGUUUAGCUCGUUUCCACCAGUCUUUGAGGACUCCCUAUACUCUGACACUGCCAAAUGAACCUGGGCGGCCUGGUCUGAGACACAUCAUCAUUGAUGGCAGCAAUGUGGCAAUGGCCCACGGCCUUAAUCGAUUCUUCUCCUGUCGGGGAAUAGCGUUGGCUGUGGAGGUUUUCUGGAGGCGGGGCCACAGGGAGAUCACGGUGUUUGUGCCUCAGUGGAGACAGAAAAGAGACAGACUCACAACAGAGCAACAUUUUCUGAACCAGCUUGAAGAUCUCCGGUUGCUGUCAUUCACUCCCUCCAGAGAGGUCUGUGGACAAAGAAUAGCCUCACAUGAUGAUAGGUUCUUGCUGCAUCUUGCUGAAAAGACUGAUGGCGUUAUUGUAACCAAUGACAACCUGAGGGACUUUGUUAAAACCUCAGAGACCUGGCGCUGGAUUAUUCAGGAGCGGUUGCUUCAGUUUACAUUUGUAGAGGACCACUUUAUGAUUCCAGAUGAUCCACUUGGAAGAAAAGGGCCUCACAUAGAUGAAUUCCUCCGAAAAGAUGCCAGGCGGCUUCCUAUGACCCCCCCUCCUCUGAGACCUCCAGACCUGCGGCCCAGCUCCCAUCAGCAGCAGGCUGUGUAUGCUCCAGGGCUGCACUCCUCUCACCCCUCUGUUUCCAUUCCCCCUUUUCCCCACACUGGACUCUCUCACCCCAACGCCCACUGGUCACACUCGGGCCCCCCGGAGUGGCACCCACCGCGCCGAUCGCCUUCCCCUUCACCUUCUCCCCCUCCCCAACGCUCUCCAGGAGAAACAUCAGAGCUCAAGAAGAAACUCUAUGACAUCUUCCCUGACCAAAAGCAACGCAUUGACCGCAUCCUCAGUGACAACCCUUAUAUGAGGGACCUGAACGCACUAUCUGGACUGCUGCUGGGCUGACUGUUCAGACCUCAUUAUUAAACUUAUUUAUUUUUAUCGGCAGCCACAAGGAGAUUUGUUGAUUAUUAUUUACAAAGAACUGGUAUAAAAGGAGCUGCUACCAACUGAAGUGGGGGCAGAGACGCUUUCUCUUUUUUGUUGAAACUUGUUAGUAGUGUUACACUGGUUAAAAACAAACACGGAAAAACAUGUAACCAUUGCAGGGGAGUAAAAUAUACACAGAACGAAUGUGGACCCAACUUGCCCAAUAGAAAGAGUUUUUUGAUCUCAGCAAUGCCAAUUACAUUUUAAUAGAUCUCCAAAUAUACCAGCACACUUAAAUUAGAUCAUUAAACUUGUAGUCCAGUUUUACCUGAGACUUUCUUAUUAGCAUGGCAUUCGUCCAAUUUUGUUUUAGUUCUGUUCUGUUCUUAUGUCUCCAUCCAGAUAUUUGAUCUGGCAUUUGGUGCCAUGAAACACUACAGGUUUCUUUUUUUCCGAAAAUGCCAACAUAUACAUUAGAUUUCAGUGGAAUCUGUCUUCAGUGUUAUUUUUUCUGUCUCCCUGACCAUGGAUGGCAUAUAAUAUGUACUAUAUCUGAGUUUUGUAGUAUAAGAAACACUUAGAAGCAUUGUAAAAAGUCUGCACAAAAACCUUAACAGUGCUGAACACGUUUGUUCGUUCUUGCUCUGUUGUUAAAUAUAAAUGAAGGAUUCUUAAUUUCAUGACUUUAUAUCUUUCUGUUUUGUAAAUACGAGCUUUGGGCCUCAGUGCACAUAAGGUUUUAUGGUUGUGUGGUUGUGAAAAGACUACACAAAUACACCAGUCCCAUAAACAUUCA